CGGUGACCGGUGGGGUCCAGCGCGUAGUCUAACUCAUCAGCACUCCAGCAACAGGGGACAGGCAUAUUACUCAGUUGUUACUUAUUUAUUGUAUUAUUUUAUUUUUUAUUACUAUACCUUCUUUCAUUUUCAUUUUAAAAGUAGGAGGACUGAAAGUUCAACCUCCACGCCUGUCCUCAGACUUAGCUUACUGCUGCUUUACUGAAUUCAAGGUACCUCCUGUGCCACUCUUUGCUUGUGGGCCACAAUGGGAGUCAAAGCUGCCCUUCCCAAAUAUGAGCUAUACAUCUACAUGGCUGUUUUGUACAUGGCUAUGAUCUGGGCUGGUAGCUGGGUGCUUGAAGUCUCCAGUGUGAAUGUGAACAGGAAGGCUUUCAAGGCCACUGUGAAGUCAGGAUGGCACUACUUCGGGAGGAAGAUGGACAUUGCUGAUUUUGAAUGGGUCAUGUGGUUCAGCACGUUCCGCAACCAUAUAUUGUUCGCCCUGUCGGGUCAUGUGAUCUUCGCUAAGAUCUGCUCCAUGUUGGCUCCUCAGCACAGGUCCAUAAUGUACAUGGCAUAUGGGAUGAUGGCCAUCUUCAGUAGCAUGGGCUGGACCUAUGUGGCCCUCAUCCUGUCCCACUGCAUCCUGCUCUACAGCAUCUCAUUGGUCAAGCUCAGGUGGCUCUGCUUUGUAGCCGGCUUUACCAGCCUGGCCACCAUUAAGGUGGAGCCCUUUAUCUCUUGGCAGGGUGGUUUCAUGAAAGGAACCUUUGAGCUGCAGCAGGUGCUGUUUUACGGAGGCUGUGGAUUCUCCAUCAUGCGCUGCAUGAGCUUUGCUCUGGAGAACUGUGAAAAGAAGGAGAGCAAUUAUAGCUUUCUGGAGCUCCUUAAGUAUAACUUCUAUCUCCCCUUCUUCUACUUUGGACCUGUCAUGACUUUUGAUAAAUUUCACACUCAGGUCAACAGUCCUGAUUUGACUCGUAAGGAGAGGGAGAUGUGGAACAUCACCACCCAAGCCGUGUUGCACCUUGUGGCCAUUAUCAUAGUGGACAUCCUUUUCCACUUCCUGUACAUCCUCACCAUACCCAAUGACAUCAAGCUGUUGAAGCACCUCUCAGAUUGGGCACUUGCUGGUUUGGCCUACUCCAAUUUGGUGUAUGACUGGAUCAAAGCAGCUGUAAUGUUUGGGGUCAUAAAUACAGUGUCCAGACUGGAUCACCUUGAUCCCCCUAAGCCUCCGAAAUGCAUCACCUUGCUGUAUGUUUUUGCUGAAACACAUUUUGAUAGAGGAAUAAAUGACUGGCUCUGCAAGUACGUUUAUGACUAUCUGGGUGGAAACCAUGACAACAUCUGGAAUGAGCUUUUGGCAACCGUCAGCACAUUUGGAAUCACCGCUUUGUGGUUGGGACCGCGUGAGGUGGUGUUCAUCUGGUCUUUCUUCAAUUGCUUUGGCUUGAACUUUGAGCUGUGGCUGGCCAAGUUUUUUUCGCUGGAGCCAUUUGCAUCCAUGGAGAUGGUGAUGUCUGAAGCCAUGUCUCGGAGGAUUAGGGCAAUCUUCAAUGCUGCUAACUUCUGGACGAUUGUCCUGUACAAUAUCCUGGCACUCAACAGCUUUGAUUUUGCCAAGCUAGUUGCCAGGAGACUACUCAUCAAAGGCUUCCCUGUUUCCACACUAUCUGUGCUGUUUGUCACAUACUGUGGCGUGCAGCUGAUCAAGGAACGUGAGAGGAGGCUGGCCUUGCUGGCUGAUCCUGACCCCAUCCCAGCCCCUGCCCCUGCCCCUCCUCCCACAGCAGUCUCUGCCCCUGUCACUCAUACUGGCCCCACCCUGAAAGAGCCUGUGGCAAUGGAGGAGCCAGGGAAGGAGAAAGCAGAGUAACAAGUUCCACAGAACUCCUCAUAGAAGGAGUCACAGAACUCCUUAUAGUUCUCAGUGCCAUCACUACUUGAGUGACAAUGAGCAGGAGCGGAAUUAGCGGGGGUGACAUGGGUGUGUCACACCCAUAUGAACAGCCAUGGGGGGGUCCCCUGAGAACCCAAAAAUAUACUCUAACUUAGGUCUAAUUUAUGAAAAACUUUGUUCAAUGAAUGUCAACAAGUAACAUUGUGUAUCAUUUGCAUUAAAAUCAAAUAAUAUAUACUUUUUAAUCAGAAUUUAUGUUGAAAUGUAUCAUAUUUUUAAAGUAGACUUUCUCUCAUUGUGCCUUGCAUCCAUAUGUCCUGUAUAACAGGCUAUCUCCACCCCAGACUAUGAGCCACUUAGACACUUCCAUCACCACAGCUUUUAGUUCAUAUUUUUAAGUUCCAGAUCACAGCUAGUGUCAUCAGUCUGAGAAUGAGUGCUUUAGUUGGACACCCUCCACCUCUAGCAGCCCUCAAUACAUUUCUUAAAGAAUGCAUUCAGACCAUGUCAGGAAAGUACACUUCAUAUCAUUAUGGGAACACUAGAACCAUUCCCUAUUGUAAUGUUUUUUUAAAUUCAUUACCUGUACGUACAUGUUCAUAAAUGGUCAGACAGUAGUCUUGGCUUCUGAUGAUUAAUCUUAGGAGUGAAGCAAAAGGUAGAAACAGUCACUGCUUGGCUCAGGCAUAACUGUUCUUGGUGGAGAGAUUGACUGAUCUAUUGUAAUGCCUCUCUCAGUCAGAGGGGAAAGGGCAUGGAGUGCUGCCUCUCUGACAAGGUGGCUUAGAUUAGCUUCUUAAAGGUCAUAGGAUCAUGAAUAUGAUUAAACCAACUUUUAGAUUCUGCUCAUCUUCAUAAACAGCGGUACUUCAUAUUCAGCUAGAUGGCUGACGUGACAUUACUCAGCUCCACUUUUAGAGUAUUCUGUUCUACUGGAAAAGCUUUACUCUGGAAUGGGGAACAGCUGAUGAAUGUUUUUCCAUGCGCAAUGCUAGUAAGAGCUAUAUCUGUAUGAUUUACUAUACAAAACUGCAUCCAAAUAAUGUUACAGCAUAGGGGUUUUUUUUCCAUAUAAAUAUUAGAAAAUAUAAACUACCAUUAUUUAAUAUGUUUAACAUUUCUGGACAGAACUGUUACAAAGGUAAAUUAAUCUUGGUGUGGAAAGAUGAAAGAAACAUUA